AUGGUUCCAUCAACCAAAUCAUCGCCAGUAAAAUCUCCAUUAUCAAGCCCAGAAGCUUCAACUUCAUCUGCCAGCACCUCACCAGUAUCCAAUUCAAAAGCAUCAGCUUCAUUAGAGGGUCAGUCAGAACAUCUAUCAGAACAGAUUAAGCCUGCCACUAUUGAAGAAGAAAGUAAGACUUCUAUUGAUUCGGAAGAGGAUGACAAACCCUUAUCAUCAAGGCUUCGAAUGAAGCCGAAACCUCAGACGAAAACUUCUUCUCCGGUCUCUGGUAAGAGGCCUCUAGAUGAGGCCAAUGUCUCUGAGCAGUCUUCAGUUAAAAGGCCAAAAGUUCCGGAUUCUUCUGCUUCUGCAAAGAACAAGAAGUUGCUGUCGGCCGAAAAAGAAGCAAAGGAAGAGGAAGAUGAUGACUUCAUUACAAUUGCCGAUCGAGCUAAGAAAGUCAGGUCAGAUAAUAAAUCAUCUGUGGCAUUGACAAAGCCAAAAAAGGUAACAAAAGUGGUUCAUCUUCAAUCAAGAAAACGAUCAAGAAGGACAAAAAAGGUUCGAAGUAUUCUAAACAAGAGGAGGUCCCUGUCUCCUGAACAAGAGGAGGUUGCGACGAUGUAUGCCGUGAUGAAGGACACAGAAUAUGUGCAGAAAAAAACAUUCAGAAACAAUUUCUGGAAUGAUUGGCAAAAGUUGCUUGGGAAGAGGCAUGUAAUUCAGAAAUUGGAUGCUUGUGAUUUUACCCCAGUAUAUGAUUGGUAUCAGAAUGAAAAGGAGAAAAAGAAACAGCUGAGUAAGGAAGACAAGAAGGCCUUGCAGGAAGAGAAACUGAAACAAGAGAAGUAUAUGUGGGCUAUUGUUGAUGGUGUAAAAGAAAAGGUUAGAAACUUCAGAGUUGAACCACCUGGAUUAUUCCGAGGCCGUGGGGAGCAUCCAAAGGUUGUUUGA